UGCUUAAUUUGACUUACGUCAUGGAAGACGGUGAUAAUGUGAAUCAUCAUCGAUUUCCCCACAAUGUUCCAAUGUUGUCUCAGUUUCCAGUCUUCACAAGAUUGUGUUCUAGAUGCCAACCCAAUUAGCUAUUUUCUUCCUGCUCAGUCAUCACCAAUAGUAAUGUCGCAUCCUUCUGGUAGUACUGAUGAUUUCUCUAUAAUGUACCCCAUUCUAGAUGACGACGAAGUUUCUGAAAAUCCUUCAGAACCCACACUUUCUCUGUUUCCAGAAGCUUUUGAAAACCCUUCAGAGCCUACUUUUUCUCUGUUUCAAGAAGCUUCCACUGUCCUAAGUCUUUCUCCUCCAGGUACACCCGACACCUCUUCAACUAUAAUUAGUCAAGAUUCUUCUGCAGCAUUGGCUUCAUCAAACAAUGCAUUGGGUAAUUGUGCUCCCAAAAGGUCGUUUUUAAUUUCACUUUCAGAAUCAGGACAAGUUUCUGAAAACUUAGCUGCUUUUAAACCAAUUGCAAACAAUAAUCCUCCUUCGUCAUCAACAGCAUCGCUGCCGUCCACUGAUCUCUGUCUUUCUCUACCGUACACAUCCGACACCUCUUCGACUAUAACAACUCUUCAUUGCUCCAUUGGUAGUCAAGAUUCUACUGCAGCAUUGGCUUCAUCAUCGGGUAAUUGUGCUACAAAAAGGUCGCUGUUCCAAGAAUCUAAUAUUAGGGUAAGAAAAGAAUCGACGAAUAACCCCAAACGGCAACGUUUAAUUUCACAACCACCACCACCAUCGGUGCUGGUGGAAGAGUAUUGGAUAACUAAGAAGCUGACAAAGAGCGAUGUUAAUGGAGCUUCAAGGCUUUUAUUACCAAGACAAGAAGUGAAUACUUACAUUUUACCUUUCUUGGAUAAGGAACAACAAGCUAUGAUUUCCCAAGAUGGGAUUGAUGUUACUGUAUUGGAUUUGGAUACAGAAACAGAACAUACUUUGACUCUCAAGAAAUGGUUGACUAAUAGUUUUCAACUCAUCAAAGCAUGGACGGCUGAGUUUGUGAAAAUAAGGAAUUUAAAACAAGAUGAUGUGAUUGCCAUUCGUUGGGACGAAAACAAUUCAAGAUUUUGCUUUCGAGUUCCAAGGAGGAAUCAACAAGUUGCUGCUGGUGUAUGAUUUAUGGUGUUCAAAUAGUUUUGUUGUGUUUGUUUCAUUAGAUGGUUUAUUCUUUCAUUCCUUUUAUUAUUGUCUCGAGCUUUAGCUUAAUGAUUAAUUUUGUAAGUUAUUAAAACAGAGCUUUUUUGAUGUUUGCUUCACUUAUAUAGAGUAUCAUUCUUUUUACUUCCAGUAUUCUGGUUUGAUCUUUAGUUUAUUUUUAAGCUUAUAAAGAAGAAAAAGGUGAGGUCCCUAAGAUUAAUCAAUACCUUGUAUUU